CACUGGCCCCCUUCAUUACAACACCCUGUACUCAAGUUAUGAUGCAGUUCAUGGGUUGCAGACUAUUGCCCUAUAUUACCAGUAGAGCUCCAGUACAGAGUUAUAUUUGAGCUCAGAGUUCCUUGUGGAAGAAAGGACGGCUGAACGAACUCACUAUCAGUGAAAGGAGAAUGAUGGCGGAGAGCGGAGUCGAAUUUGAGCAACCUCAAAGGCGUCUUGGUGACAAGAAGCAAGACAAUGGAGAACUGACAGACUCAAAGUUUCUUGUGGAAGAGAAGAAUCAGAGAGACAGGGAAGACCAAGAAAGUCUGGUGUUAUGGAAGAAACCUCUGCUCACACUUUAUUACUUCUCCCUGGAAAUGCUCAUCACUCUUAACGGGUGGAUAUUGAGGCUUUGGCAUCAAAGACAGAUGGUGUUUGGCCUUGUGAUGCUUCUUAUGCUUCUCUCUAUUGCUUACCGCAUUGAGGGACCACAUCAGAAGUACGUGUGCUCCAUGGAGAAGAGGACACUGUGGUGCGCCUAUUGGGUCGGCCUGGGUAUCCUCUCCUCCGUCGGUCUUGGCACCGGCCUGCACACCUUCCUGCUUUACCUGGGACCUCACAUUGCAUCAGUGACUCUGGCAGCCUAUGAAUGCGGUUCAGUGGAAUUCCCUGAGCCUCCCUAUCCGGACCAAAUUGUCUGUCCUCAUGAGGGAGCACCGACAUCCGGCACUGGUGCGGAGCAGGUGGGCGUGAGGGCAGAUGGAAUGGUGGAGCCUGCAGGCCUCCAGGGAAGCAUAUCCCUCUGGACCAUCAUGUCAAAAGUUCGCCUGGAAGCUUGUAUGUGGGGUGCUGGUACAGCUAUCGGGGAGCUCCCUCCCUACUUCAUGGCAAGGGCAGCCCGGCUGUCUGGUUCCGACCCAGAUGAUGAAGAUUACCAGAAGUUUGAGGAAAUGCUGGACCAGACCGAGUCUGCUCAGGAUUUUGCAUCUAGGGUGAAAGUUGCCAUCCAGAAGCUUAUCCAGAAGGUCGGGUUUUUGGGGAUUUUAGCAUGUGCCUCUAUUCCCAAUCCAUUGUUUGACCUGGCCGGAUUAACGUGUGGACAUUUUCUGGUCCCCUUCUGGACUUUUUUUGGGGCAACACUGAUCGGGAAGGCGGUAAUCAAAAUGCACAUUCAGAAACUGUUUGUGAUCAUCACCUUCAGCAAGCACAUUGUGGAGCAGAUGGUCUCCUUCAUUGGAGAGGAAGCGGGGGCCAGCUCUGUACAGUACAGGAGACAGGACAGCAUGCCUCCCUUUGUUGCUGCCCUUGGGCUGCGCUGUUCCUCUGCUGGGUGCGGCACUGCAGAAGCCCUUCAGGGAGUACUUGGAGGCCCAGAAGGCCAAGCUGCACCAUGUCACCGGAGAGGGGACCCCAACGGAGGAGAGCUGGCUCUCGUGGCUCUUCGAGAAGGUUGUGGUCAUCAUGGUAUGCUUCUUUGUCUGCUCCAUUGUCAACUCCAUGGCGCAGAGCUAUGCCAAGCACAAGCGGCAGGAGAAGUCCUCGGACAGCAAGACGGAAUGAGGGCCAGCAAGGUGUGGGGGGAGUUGGGUGGGUUGGGGUCGAUCGUAUCGGACCACAAGCCCUUCAUAUCUACUCUCCCUUUUGGCUGAUACCCCAUCAUUAUCCUAGGCACACAAAAAAACGGCACCAUCUGGUUUCUCUCUAGCUUCUGUAACAA